AUGGGUUCUAUCAAUCAUCCGGAUGCCACAGAGACACCUACAACGCGACCAGGGAAUCUGUUCGCAGAGAGGUUCUCCGAAAAUUUCCACAAAAAUUCCAACACCGGAUAUCAUGUCCCAACUACAGUCCUUGGCGCUUCUGAAAAUCGCAAGCUCAAGGUUAUCACGAUUGGGGGGGGCUUUAGUGGUGUUAUGCUGGCUUACUACCUGGAACGUGAGUUGCGGAACGUCGAGCAUGUGAUCUAUGAAAAAAACCCAGAAAUUGGAGGUACCUGGUUCAAUAAUCGCUAUCCGAAUUGUGCAUGUGAUGCUCCAAGUGCAACUUAUCAGCUAAACUUCGCACUGAAUCCAGAUUGGCCUCAAUUCAAUUCCGAUGCCAAAGCGAUCCAUGGCUAUCUUCUUGACGUGGUGGAGAAGCUCAAUCUUGGUAGAUAUUUCCGCUUCAACUCCGAAGUUAUAGCUGCCACUUUUGAAGAACACAAAGGCACCUGGAAUGUCAAGAUCCGUCAAAAAGAUGAAAAUGGAGUAUUCCACGAAAUUGAGGAUGACUGCGACCUUUUGAUAGGGGCAUAUGGUAUUCUGUCGAGAUGGAAUUUCCCAGAUAUUCCUGGAGUCGACACCUUCAAGGGCAGCAUGAUUCACACAGCUGGAUGGCCCGAUGAUUACCGGAUGGAGCAGUGGAAAGGACAACGAGUAGCCGUGAUCGGCAGCGGAGCGAGUAGCAUCCAGACUGUGCCUGGCAUGCAGCCGUACGUGGAUCAUAUGGACAUCUUUGUUCGAUCACCGGUUUGGUUCUUCAGCCCAACCCUGGAUGGAAGCGAGGUACCUGCUGGAUACGCUUAUACAGAAGAACAAAAGCGAACAUUCCGAUCCGAUCAGGACGCCUUACUUGCUCAUGCCAAAAGUGCUGAAAAUGACGUUAUGAAGAUGUUCAACAUAAUGCUCCGUUACGGAGAUGCUCAAAAGAUCGUUCGCGAGCAACUACUGGCCCGUAUGAGAAGACUCAUCAAAGAUGAUCGUCUCCUGGCCGGAUUUACUCCAUCCUUCAGCGUCGGAUGCCGCAGAAUUGCGCCAGGUGACCCCUAUAUCGAAGCUAUUCAAAAGCCCAACGUGGAUGUUCACUUUACAGGUGUUGCGAAGAUUACCGAAAACGGCAUUAUUGGCGAUGACGGGAUCCUCCGGCAGUGCGAUACGGUUAUCUGCGCAACCGGAUUCGACGUAUCUUAUCGACCAUCGUUCCCUUUGAUUGGACUGAAUGGCAUCGACCUCCGCGACAAGUGGGCUACAGUUCCUGAAGGGUAUUUCGGGCUUGCUUGCCCAGACGUUCCGAACUAUAUUGUGUUUGGAGGCCCAACCUUCCCUGUCGAAAAUGGCAGCAUAAUGGGACCCAUUUACUCAGUGACCCGCUAUGUUAUCAAAAUCAUUGAAAAGAUGCAACACGAGAACAUUAAAUACUGGGUGCCGAAGCAAACAGCAACAGAUGAAUUUAAUGAUCACGCUCAGACAUGGAUGAAUGGAAGUGUGUGGGAGGAUAACUGCAACGCCUGGUACAAAAACAAGAAAACAGGCCGAGUCACUUCUGUAUGGCCUGGGAGUGCCCUCCAUUAUAUGGAAGCGAUUAAAGAUCCACGAUUCGAAGAUUUUGAGAUUAAAUAUCACAGCCCCAAGAACAAAUAUGCCUACCUUGGCUUGGGAUUUGUCCCUGCCGAUGUGGACCCAUCCCCAUUGGCAGACCGAAGUCCUCAUCUGUCCAAAGAGUUCCUAGACCAACGCUACUAUGAUAGCUCCCAAGCAUAG